AGCCUUUGUGUUUUUCAGCUUUUCGGUCAAUGUUUGAUUUUGGGAAUUCGAGCUCCUCGCAGUCUUCUGUGAGCUCACUGACAUGGAAUUUGCGCAGGAAGGCAGGGAGAUGGGGGUUAGGGUCAGAUUCCUGGGUGUGAUGUCGCCAAAUGCCAGUUGAGGUGCCACCUGAAGUGCAGAUGAUCUCCACAGGCGGACGAGAGGAAUCUUCUGCAGCAGGUGGAUGACGUCGUUACAAAGCAGGACGUCACAUCUCGCACUCUUAAAGAGGCAGAUGUCCGCACACUGUCGGAUUUACGAGCCAGUCGCAGCUUUUAGGGUCCACAGGUGGGCGAUGACCCCCUCGACGGGUCACCGACGCACUCUGCCCUUCGAUAAGUGAGUCACAGCAAACAGGGAAACAAAUAGUGAGCACAAUGAGACCUUUGGCUGGCCGGCUCUAGAUAAGUCUCCACCUCUUGUUUAUAUGCUGAAAGGGCUUUUGAGUGCAGAUAAGGUCCUCGCAGCAGGCAGGUUGGUGGUAGCUGCUGGUGGGUGUGGGUGGGAGGGCGGAGUCAGGCCGGAUCCAGUAGGGAGGACGCGAGGAGACGCCGCGAGCUGGCCUUGUUUUGUCACACGUCGGCUGCAAGAAGACAGGAAGUCAGCUUGUAGGGGAGGAAAUGAGAAUCGAAAUUCAAGCAGCCCACAAGAGGAAGACGACAUCAUGAGCGCGGACGCAGGGGGCCAGCGGCGUUACGUGUCCACCUUCAGGAUGCGCAUCAAGUCUGGGAACGGAGCCCGAAGCGCCGACGGAGUGAAGGCAGAUGCGGGCGUCCUCCCCUCGCACCAGCGUGCCGACCCGCCCGUCUUCGUGCGGCCGCUGCAGGACUGCUGCGUGGACGAAGGCGAUGACAUCACCUUGAGCGGCGUCCUCUCCGGGAGUCGACCCAUCAAAGUCGCGUGGUUGCACAAUGAAUUUGGACUUGUGUUUACUAACACUUGACCACCGUUCGCUGGUCCCCAACUGGCAGGUGAGGUGGCUCGUUUUGGAAUCUCCGCCCUGGACGGUGGCGACGUGAGCUUGGUCGUGCGCGAGUGCCUGCCCGAGGAUGCCGGUGCAUACACCUGUAUGGCGGAAAACGCAGCAGGGAAGACUUCCUGUUGCGCUGCCGUGUUUGUCAGAGACUUUGAAACUAUUGGCAGCGUGCAGGAUCGAGCUUCUGCAAACGAGAGCAUUAUGGGAAACGGGAAGCCACCUCAGUCUCCUCAGGAAGGUCAGGAAGGGUCCAACGGCACCUCCUCUACCAGCUCCGAUCCUCAGAGUCCGGUCUCUUCUCCACGAGAGGUCAUUCCGAAGAAGAGAGCCAACUCAGGGAUGGGUCCGGUGUUGCACUUGGAGAACCCGCCGCAGGUCGUGGAGGUGAAGGCGGGCCGAACGGCGCGCGUCACAUGUCGCUUCACCGGCAGCCCGCCCGUGGUGUCCUGCUGGAUCCGAAACAAAGAGCAGCUAGCGGACGCUCCUGAUGUGUGGAUCGAAAACUCGAACGAGAGCAGCACGUUGGUCCUGGCCUCGGCCGGAGCUCAGCACACGGGCCGCUACACUGUGGUGGUCAAGGACCGCAAGAGCUCCACGCAGCACACACUCACGCUCUCUGUCAUAGACAGGCCACAGCCUCCCGCCUCCUGUCCUCUGGUCUCACUGGUGUCCCCCGGGAGCCUGGUGCUGUCCUGGUCGGGGCCCUGCUACGACGGCGGCAGCGCCGUGCUGGGCUACGCGGUGGAGGUCCGCCCCGAGGGCCGGGAGUGGAGCGAGCUCACGGCCCAGUGUACGAGCACGUCCUACAGGGUGUGCGGCGGCCUGCAGCCCGGGGAGGAGUACCGCUUCCGGGUUAGGGCCUACAACGCGGUGGGGGUCAGUGAGCCUGGACCAGCAUCGCCUGGGGUCACCAUAGACCAUAUGGAUUCCAAGGCAGCACAUGAAGAGGAAGAAGAGGAAGAGGAGGUCCCGGAGGCCUUGGUCGCCAUCGACUCUGCGCACAAAGUCACGGACCACUACGACGUGCAGGAGAAGCUCGGCAUGGGUAAGUUCGGCCUGGUGUUCAAGCUGAAGCACAGGACGAGCGGUCGGGUGUGCGCCGGAAAGUUCUACAAAGGCCGACGCAGCAAGGAGAGGGAGGCGGCUCGCAGGGAGAUCGAGCUGAUGAACAAGCUCCACCAUCCCAAGCUGGUCCGCUGCCUGGCCGCCUACGACCACAAGCCAGACAUGGUCAUGGUCAUGGAGUUCAUAGCAGGCGGGGAACUCUUCGAGCGCAUCGUGGACGACACCUUCGAGCACACGGAGCCGGCCAGCGUGCGCUACAUGCGGCAAAUCCUGCAGGGCGUCAACUUCAUGCAUCGGCAGCGCGUCGUGCACCUGGACCUCAAACCCGAGAAUAUCGUGUGCGUCGACACCAGCGGCACAGCCGUCAAGAUCAUCGACUUCGGACUGGCCACCCAGCUCGAUGGCAAGACUGAUCUGCGGGUGAUGCAGGGGACCCCGGAGUUCGUGGCCCCCGAGGUGAUCAACUACGAGCCCGUGUGCUUGGCCGCGGACAUGUGGAGCAUCGGCGUCAUCUGCUACAUACUACUAAGCGGCGAGUCGCCCUUCCAGGGAAGCAGUGACGCCGACACGCUGGCGUUGGUGACGGCGGCCCAGUGGGAGUUUGACGAAGAGAGCUUUGAGGACAUCACGGACCAGGCCAAGCAUUUCAUCAGCUCCUUGCUGGAGAAAGACCCCAGGCGACGCAUGUCCUGCGAAGAGGCCCUAGCUCACGCGUGGAUGGCAACGUUCCACUUGGCAGGUCCCGCCUCCGCCAAGAGUCUUCCCAAAGAGAAGAUGAAGCGCUUUCUCGUCAGCCAGAAAUGGAAGAAAGCAGGCAAGGCCAUGCUGGCGCUGAAGAGAAUGGCCUUACUGAGCAAAGGGGACAGCACCUCUUCUCCCACCAGCCCUGCAGAAGGUGACGCAUCAUUACUUGUGUUUUCUUAUCUGCUCUUUCACAUCCUUCCUUCUUUCCUUCCUGGCUCAGAGCGCCCCCUGACACCAGAGACGAAAGACGCCCUGCUUUCGUUGGAGCGCAAGAUGCGGGGACCCCCACGCUUCAGCAAGACCCUGCAGGACCAGACGGUCUCCGCCGGGGACAGUGCCCGCCUCGACUGUCACCUCACGGGCUAUCCCGACCCGGAUGUGGUGUGGCUGUGCGGGGAGGAGCCCGUGCAGGAGUCGGCCGCCGUCCGGAUCGAGUACGAAGAAGAUGGCCGCUGCACGCUGAUCCUCGCUAAAGCGGGCGUGCGCGACGCCAACGUUUACACCUGCAAAGCCACCAACGCCCACGGGGAGACAUCCUGCUCGGCCUCGCUCGUCGUCCGAGAUUCAGACUGAAUUUAUUUUGUACAGUCCACGCCCUACAUGUCAUGCAGAUUAAAUAUACAUCACAAACAA